AUGCCGUCGUUGGAAAUUUUUCGUCUGGAGUUCGAACGGCCGAGCGCCACUUAUUCUCCCGGUGAAAUUGUGAAAGGCAACAUUAUUUUGGAAACGACGAAGAACAAGAAUGUCAGAGGACUGUAUUUAUCUGCCAGAGGAGCGGCUUCCGUACACUGGACGGAAUCGGGCAGCAAAACCGAAAGCGAUGGAAGUAGUACCAGCACCAGCGAAACAUACUCGAAUUCCCAAGAAUACUUCAAACUAAAAAUCAAUCUAUUGGGCACCAGUGAAGGGGAUUCGAGGAUACAUAUUCCACGGGGGUACCAUCAGUACCAUUUCGAAUUUCAGCUACCCCAAAACAUUCCCAGCAGCUUCGAACACACAUAUGGACACGUCAGGUAUACGGUGAACGGAGUGAUCGACAGGCCGUGGAAGUUCGAUCACACAUGUAAGGUAGCGUUCACUGUGGUCUCCGUUCUGGAUUUAAAUAAGUAUCCAGAAAAAUGCCUGGGAAUCUACGACGAACUCGAGAAAACCUUCUGCUGUUGUUGCUGCAUCUUGAACGGUUCGUUGAAUGUAACCGUCAAAGUACCAUCUUCCGGAUACGUUCCAGGACAGAUGAUCCUCACGUCGCUAGAAUACAACAAUUCCGCGUCCAGUGUUCGGAUAAUGAAGAUCAGUACGGAGUUAGAACGAGAAAUCAAGUUCCACGCGACCAGCAAGACGAAGACUGAAGUUACCAACAUCAUGGCCAGCACAUACUCAGGACCAUUUGCCUCAACAGGAGAGACCGUUUUGGAAAUUAGGGUACCGCCGGUCCCGCCGUCCAACCUGUUUCAUUGCAAGAUCAUAGACUUGAACUACAAGUUGAAGGUCGUCGUCCACGUUUCUGGGCCGCACGUCAAACUUCAGAAGAGUUACCUACUUUUAAUCGGAUCGGUACCACUGUACUGGGCACCAUACGAACAACGAAAUAUCGUACCUGAUACCUUGACGGGGCCAGCAACGUCGAUUCCGAUGCCAUUGCUUGCAGCACCUCGUACGUCAUACGACAUACCAUCAGAAAGCGGUACUUCUGGCAGACAACCUCCACCCCCUGGUUUCAACCUCCCGGACCCAUCUGCUACCCCUACCAGCUGCAACAUACCACCUCCAUCCUACGAAGAAUGCAUGUCUGGCGCUCAACACAUCAGAGAUCAUGAUGAAUCGGAUUACGUGCUCGGAGCGGAUAGUCCUUUCGCGCCUAAGUAUCCUGUGUUCAACUAUCCAGCCCCAAGUAUGAUCGUGAUUAAUUCUAUAAAGCUUACAUAG